AUGCGUUUCGUCUAUCUGUCAGUGUUUAUCGUCUUUCUCAGCAUUGCUCAAUGUGAGUCUAAAACAAUGCCGACAAAAUACCUGGGGAAGUUUAAACUAGAAAAAAGUGAAAAUUUUGAUGAAUAUCUUGUAGCAAGAGGAUAUGGAUGGUUUAUGAGGCAGAUUAUCAAACUUGCAAGUGUAACAAAGGUAAUUAGUAAGGCUGCAAGCGGUAAAGCAGAUCGUUAUGAUUUUGAGAAUUUAACCACCAAAAAGGAUGUUCAUCACAGGGACAUUGAGUUGGGUAAGGAAUUCCAAGAUGAGGCCUUGGACAGCACUCAACAUAAGAUUACAUUUGACAUAAAAGACGAUGGGACAUUAACUGAAAGACACGUCAAAGUUGAGGAUCCAAGUGAUAUCGAAACGUACGAAUAUCGAAUUGAGGGGGAUUAUCUUGUUAUGGUCAGUUUUAUUUCAGAAUAA